AUGCGAGUCGUCCCCCUUCCCUGCUGCCCUUACCUGGCCUCCCAGACUCAUAAAUUGUUUAAAAGAAGGUGUUCUGGACAUAGGGACGACCAGCAUUUCAAGAUGGUGGGAAGUAUUGCAAAAGUCUUCUGGCUCUUCGCAGCAACAAUGCUGAGGUCCAUAAUCUUCAUUCGUGACCGGAAUUCUCGUCGCCAGGAGGUGUCCGCAUACAUAGACUACGCGCACAGACUGACAACGGAUGAUUUUGAAGCCUACUUCAGUGGGAAGAAAAGGCUUUUCCCACGGAGCACUGAUCUGAGCUUUUACAACUGGGAUAGAAAUGUCAGCACUUCAAAUUCCAGCCCAAACUACCAAGUGAUUGCAGAAAAUGCCUGUGGAUUACUCUUCAAGAACAAAAGUGAUAGGAAAAUAAUAAAUGUGGAUCCAAAGACCUACCCAGGAGACAACACAACACGGACACCUAUUGAAACAGAUCUCUACCUCCAUGUUGUUAUCUAUGACCACAUCCUCAGAAGAGGGGCAUAAGGUCCAUCUUUGUGGCUGUUCUCCCAACUACUUGUUUAGUUACCUUAAUGCCAUCUAGAAGAAGAA